UGGAAUCUCCAUCGAGCAUUUUGAUGUGCACCUGCAGCUUAUUUCUUGUGUUAGACGUGAUAUCUAGUACAGGGCACGUGCUAGAGGUACCGAGGAUUGAAGGACAGAUGGAAAGAACAGGUCCAGUCCUUCCGUGUCUUUGGGAAGAUUCUCUUCUAAUGCCGACCUAAGGCCGAGGCCUCAUCUCCUCCUGCUCGUCCUUCUUACUGCCCUUUGCUCCUCUGUAUAUUUAACUGAUGUCCGCCAUUAUCGUUUCAGUAUUCCGCAAAUGGCUUCACAACUCAAGCUGUGGGGGCUUCUGGGCAGGCCGCUUUUGGCCCCUCGGGAGCAGGAGUCAAAAGCGGAGGGCAAGAGACCAUUGAGAUGGUGAAAGGCGGCCACCAGACCCUGGAGUCCUGCCGGGGGGCUGGGUACCAUCACCACACCCUGGAUCCCUGCAGAGGAGGACUCGUGGAGGUGGACAGCUACAGACACACGUACUCGGAGUGGCACAACUUCACUCAGCCCCGACUUGGUGAAAAGGUGCAGUUGUGCCACGAGGAUGACAACCAACAGCUCGCUCAAGACUACGUCCUCACGUACAACUAUGAAGGCAGAGGUUCCGCUGCUGGCUCUGUGGGUUGCUGUAGUGACCAACAGGAAGAAGAUGGGCUUGAGUUUUUGGACCAUUUGGAGCCCAAAUUUAGGACAUUAGCAGAAGUAUGUGCAAAGAGGUGAAGAACUUUGAACAGGGUACCCAAACUAAUGGACCUAAUACCUUUUCAUCACUGCUUUUAAAUAUAAACCAGGAUUUAAAAAAAAGAUGUUAUAUUUGGGGCUUCCCCCGCAACCUGCCUUGGUCUGCAGAAUGUCCAUGGAAAUGCACAUUUACAGAGAAACUUUGUACAUUAGUACACGUGAACUUGAAAACUAUUUUGCAUGGGUUUUAAUUAAUUCUUUUUUACCCAGGUGUCAUCUAUAGAUAGAAACUUUAAGGGAAUUUGCAUUAUUGUUUACAUUGAGCAUAAUGACAUCAGCCAAUUUAUAGUGCAAUAAAAUUUAAUGGAUCUGAGUCUAUUUAUGGACUACUUCACCUAUAACCCAAUUGGAGACUGUAGAAACGGUUAUCUCCAAUCAAUGAAUUAAUUGAUGGUUCGUAUGGUGCUUGGAAACUGUUGUUUCUCCAAACAUUUUACACUGUAUAUACUGUGUCUUACAUUUGUGAUAUUCUUGUAACAUGGCCUGGCUUCAUAGUGCCAAGGUAGAUUGUCAAGCAGCCAUUGAGUGUGUGUGCAGUUCCAUUCCAGUGGGGGUUGCUUUUAGGUUCUAUCCUGGGUAAAAAUCCUACACGGAAUCUGCAUCUCCUUUGUACCGACUUUGUCAGUUAAAUUUAGAUUUCAAAACUUCUUUAAAUUGUAUUUUUUGUUACUCUUAAAAGUUUUUUUCUGUGAAAUCCCAAAUGGUCUAUACUCCCAUCCCCUCUCCACUUCUUUUUCUCUUUCUCUCCUAUCUGAUUUUGAAACUUGUACUUGGGUUGAAGAAUCCAAAAUAUUCUUAAAAGUUGUCUCUUCUCAUAAAAUAGUCUUUCUGUGGUAUGUAAGAUAUGCAUUGUCAGUUUUCUUCAGGUCAAUGUAAUAGCAACUUUGUUUUGAAAUUUUUGGUAAUUGCUUCAUUUCUGUCCUUAGUGAAGAACUUUCAAUUUUUCCAUGGAAACUUUAGGACUCUUUCAUGAUCUAUUAGAAGCAACAUUCUAUAUAACAGAAACAAUAAUGUGGUUAGAAGUAGGAUAUGGCUACCUAGUGUGGACUAGCAUAUUUACGAUCUCUGUCUUUAAUUCAAGGACACUGGAAGUGGGAAAUAGUGAUGUGUGUGAAGUAAGCGUCACAGCAUAAGAAUCUCAACUGAUCUCUGGGAUAACAACUUCAUACCUUUUUAGAUGAUAUAGCUGGUCACAAUUACAUGAUUGUAAAGUUAUUUUAAAAAAUAGUUUGUAAUUACAGUUUUUACCAAACAUAGAAAUAGGCCAAAUACUUUAAAAAAUUUUUGAGAAUUUAUACGUGAGUAAACUUCAUAGCCAACCAAAUUCUAGAUCAGAGGCCACACUUCCUACAGUCAGUGAGCUCAGUGCUUUACACGGGUAUUCUAGGUACAACUCGGAUGCAUGUGAUUGUUCACAGUGUGUCUGUCUUGAAUUCACCAGGCUGGCUCAUGACAAUUAUUUUUCAGAACAAACAUUUGGAAAAAUUGGGAAUACAACUGGGUUUGCUGUAGAGUCAUUAUUAUUCAGUCAAAAAUAUUUCUCAAUUAUUUUUAAUAAAUUAUGUACAAAAUG